UAUGGUUUUGUUUUGUCAGGAAAUUUUUCGAAAAUUAUUCGAGAAUUUCCGUAAUAUUGACAAGUUUGCGACGUGCCUAACAUUUCUUGUAAGGGAAUAUUGUGCAAGAAUUCAUAUAGAAUCAUUAUUACUGGAUUGGAUGUGUGGUUUUGAAACAACUGCAGACAUUAAAGCAGCCCAUGCAUCAUAUGACAAUGAGGAUAUGUGAUUUUUGUGAGAUUUUCUACAAUUUCAAUGGCAACAGCCAUUGAACCUUUAGGAAAAGUCAUGGCGAUGCCGGUAAAAUUGGAAGAACAACACGAGAUCGUGACAAAAUACGAAUCCGAAGAUGAGGCGCAGUUGCUUAUUGCAAAAAAUGAAGAAGAAAUCGCCACGCGGUACGGCGAAGUUGCCGAGGAAUCCGAAUACGAGAAUCUUAACGGCGUUACGUCGUUGUUCACCAUACAGCUCGAUCACAGCUACUGCACAACCCAUCUCGCUCCGAAAGCCAUUAAGCAUCCAAAGUUGAGAUCGUGUAACAUCUGCGGCAUCUCCUUCAUGGAGACUAAUUACCGACAGUCGUUAGCGAAGCAUCUAAUCGACUGCCACGCAGAGGAAGGCAAGGGCCAAUGCGACAUUUGCGGGCAUCGAUGCGAGAACUCGAAGAACAACUACUCGGCUGCGAUCAUCAAACACAGAGAAAAGCACUUCGCAAACCAAGGCCAGACGCAAAGCAGAAACUCGACGGGUCCGGGUAAACGAGCGAAGAGACUGUCCAAGACGGUAGACGCCAAGCAGUCUAGCGGGCCGACGACGAUAGAUGGCGUCACUGUCUCCGAGUCGGACGUCGUCGGUGAGGAAUUCGUGGACGGCGGGGAACCGGCAGAAGCAAAGAAGACACGAAAGGAGAAACCGGUGAUGGGGACAUGCAAGAAUUGCGGCAAGGGAUUCAAAUCGGAGGCGUGGCUGCAGCAGCACCUGCGGAAGCGUAUCUGCUACGCGACGAAGCUCAAAGUCGAGGAGGAGACAAGCGAAGAGGAGAGCCUCAAAUGCGAGCAGUGCAAGAAGGACUUUGUCAGCGAGGCGGCGCUGAAGCUGCACCGACGGCGCGACCACCGCGCCGGCGACAGAUUCGAGUGUCCGACAUGCCUUGCGACUUUUCCCACCUCCGCGAGCGUACAGCGGCACAAGAAGUCGUGCGUGCGUCCUCCGGCCAAGGGCCGCAAGCCGAAAGCAAAGACGACCAAGGCGGCGGCGGCGGCAGUGAAGGUGGAGGCGUCAGCGAACACUUGUGAGACUUGCUCGCGUCCGUUCCCCACCUCUCACGGCAUGUCGCGGCACCAGGCGCUCAUGCGCCACGGCAAGUAUGCGAAAAAGGCGCUGGCGACGGCCGCCGCCGCGCCGAAACUCAAUCGCAACUACAAGAUGUUUGCGUGCGAUACGUGUCCACGCGAGUUCCUGUCGCGGCGUGGCCUCUCCCAUCACCGCAUCAGCGAGCACCCGAAAGACCGGCUUGCCUGCGACUCGUGUGACGCAACCUUCCUCAUGCCCGGCCGCCUCGAGGGGCACCGGAACAAAUUCCACGCCGCCGCCACCGCGCCGGCGUCGUCGUCGUCGUCGCGUUGCGACGUCUGCAAGAAGACAUUCCCGAAGCCGGCCGAUCUCGCGCGGCACGCGGAGGACGUGCACGUCACGUGUGGCGUCUGCAAGCAGGCGUUCGCGACGAUGCGUCAGCUGACGAAGCACGGGUCCGCGGCGCACAAGGAGAAGGAUCUCGGCGUGCCGGAGACGAGGAAGCGAUUCGCGACGCCCGCGGCCGGUCCCGCGAUGAAGCCGUUGCCGCGGAAACCCGCCGCGCCGCAGCCCGACAAGAGUCCUGUCGUCGCGGCGAGGACGUCGACGAGAGCGAAGGUGAUACCUGCCAAAGCGCGGGCGGUGUCGACGCGAGCGGGUCGGUCGAGAGCGCGAAAGUAGAGAACGGGGUGCAGCGUUACUCACGACGAUUCCGCGGGUAGAGCGAUCGUUGAUGACGACCACGAGGAGGUAACGUUCGUAGCAAUUUGAUUCGUUCUUACUCAGGGAAAAUAGGUGUUUUUAACCUGACUGUCGAGCGGGGGGGUAUCGCAUGCACGCCCAUUGCUUUGCUGAGGCGGGGUCUGUUAUGGUUUCGUAGUUUAACUUUGGGACGGUUUCCCACGGUACAAACUUUCUCGGUUUAUUAGUGUUCUCCCAGUCUGAAAACGUUACGUAGAGAGACAACACUGAAUAUGGUAAGGAUCAUCAUAGCUGUAUUCAAAAUUCUGACGAUAAAUUUGCGUCGCCAUUACUAGUAGUUUGAAGUAAAAUAUUUAGGCUGUGGGGACAGUUGACUAAAUAUUGUUUUGAAAGUACUAGGUCUAUGAGCAAAAGUAUUAGGUGAGAUAAUCUGAUAGGCAGCCAUAGGCUAGAUAUCGAUUACACAGCACACACGUCGAAGUACGCAGUUGAAGUGUCUAUGCACCGGCUUCUAUGAAACCCUAGUAUAUAUAUAUAUAUAUAUUUGUACAUAGAUACAUGUAUGCGGGUGAAACACAAACGUAAGAGUGCUACGUUUAAUGUGGCUGUCCAAUCGUAAGUAAACCACAUUAGCACCCUCAUCUCAUGUAGUGUCUGGUAAGAUUGCAUCGGAAAAAUUCCCUGUCGAACUGAAGCACGAGGAACACAAUGUCAGAAUACAGGAUUGCAGAUGAAAGAAGAUGACCAGUAGUAUAUUGCAGUGAGUAAGCAUAGAAGUCGGAUGUAGGUGGUAUGUGGCUGUUUAUUAAUUAGAGAUGUAAUUCCCACCUUCCAUUGAUGAAACUUUGAGCAGCUUGUAUGCAAUGCAGUUUUUCUGUAUAUGAUUGUAGAUGAUCCAGUAUAACGAUGCAACCUUUGAGGCUGCAUUUAUCGAGUUCUUAUAUAAUGGCUUGUGAUUACCAUUUCAGAUUGCAUUAUCGAUACACUGGCUUUAAUGAAAUUGGUUACAUUUGGUCAUAAAUUAACAUAAGCCUAAGGCCAAAACAAAAUAUAUGUGUGGUUACCGUUACAUGCCGAAAAAAAAUAGGGUACCGUAGGUAGGUAGGGA